GACAAUCAAUAUAGGGAAAAACGCUUGUAAAAAGCUGAUCUACAAGAAAAAUCACUUCCCAAAGCGUCAUCUUAAGCCGGGAGUUUCCCCAUAUCCUUUUUUUUUAACUUCUGUUCCCUGUCUGCGUGUUCCGUGGAGUCCAAUUUUGAAAUCCAGCAAUUUCCCUCUCUUUUUUCUGUUUUUCCAUUCCAAAUCGGAGGAAUACCGAAGACGUAAAGGUAUGGCGGUCAUCCUCCAAGAGUCCGAUGACUCCACCGCAACUCGCGACCCCCUCCUUCCAUGGCUCUGGUCGAUAAAGAAGGCGCUGGACAAAUGGUACUCCGGCGACCACUCCAGUGCAGAUCUCGACAAGCUUCUUUCAGAUUGUAUCGCUGCUUUCAAGCACAGUGCGCAGUACAGAAACGACAUCAGGUUUCUCAAGAUUUGGUUCAUUUAUUUGGAGGGAAGUGAGGAUUUUGAGAGGGUGUUUAGAGAGAUGGAGGAAAAUGAGAUAUGUGUUGGACAUAAUCUGCUUUAUGAAUGGUAUGCAUAUUUUCUUGAAGCAAAAGGCAGGUGGAAAGAAGCAAAUAUGGUUUACCAGACUGGCAUUUCAAGGGGAGCAGAGCCACUUGAGAAACUGAAGAGUGCACGAUCCUUAUUCAUUGAUAGAAUGUCUGAAAGACUAAACACUAAUAUCUCUGGAUCUGUGGACAUGAUGCAGGUUGAUGGUGAUGAAUCUGUUGAAUUUGGUAAAGAUUAUGCCAAUCCAUGGUCUGCAUCCACCAUGAAUAACCUCUUGGAGAAGAUAGGUUUCCAAAUGAGAAAUUAUGAUGGGUACCAUCUAACUAAGAAAGUUUUCUCUGGGAAAGUGGCCUUAUCUUCUUUGAAGAAGUCAUCAAGGAAUCAAAUUAUCGAAAUUGGUGGAAAGAAGUACCAGAUCAAAGGAUGUGCUGGUCAAGGUGGCUUUGCUCAAGUAUAUAAAGCAUAUCUUGAUGGUAAUCCCGAUGAUGUCAUUGCAUUGAAGAUACAAGAGCCAGCUUUUCCUUGGGAAUUCUACAUGUAUCGUCAACUUGAUCAGCGAAUUGCAGGCAAUCAUAGAUCAAGCUUUGGUUUUGCUCACAAAAUCCAUCUUUACCCUGACUGUAGCAUACUCAUUUGUGACUACCUAUCUCAUGGAACGCUUCAGGAUGCCAUAAAUUCUUAUGUUGUCACUGGCAGGCCAAUGGAAGAGCUCUUGUGUAUUUAUUACACUAUGGAAAUGCUUUACAUGCUGGAAACUUUGCAUAGUGUAGGUAUCAUCCAUGGUGAUUUUAAGCCUGACAACCUUCUCAUGCGCUAUUCUAGGGAAGAGCUCACAGAAGAGGGAUUUACUGAUCGUAGUGGCUCUUGGUGUAAUCAGGGUCUUUGUCUUGUUGACUGGGGAAGGGGAAUUGACCUGCACCUCUUUCCUGAAGGCAUAGAGUUUACAGGAGGUUGCCGGACUUCUGGCUUCCGCUGUAUUGAAAUGCAAGAGAACAAACCAUGGAAAUUUCAGGUGGAUACAUAUGGCCUGUGUGUUAUAGUCCAUAUGAUGCUGCAUAAUUCUUACAUGGAGAUAAAAAGGAAACCAUCAUCUGAUGGUGGCUACAUUUAUAUGCCAAAAUUGUCUUUUAAGCGAUAUUGGAAGGUUCAUCUGUGGGAGAAUCUCUUUAUUAAGCUGCUCAAUACAAGCCCCGACAACAAUAACAUAGAAUUGUUGCAGACAUUGAGGAAAUCCUUUCAAGAUUACAUUCUAUCUAAGCCCCACCACGUAAAGCAACUAACGGGAUUACUAGCAAAGCAAAGGGCUUCCUUAUGUUCGGCCUAGAUAUCCUACUAGAAUAUUAUCAGAAUAAUCUUGCAGUUGCACGUUUUAGCAUCGCAGCCAAAUGCAACCUUCCCUUGUAUGUAAGAUCCUCAUUCGGGCUCUGUUUUAGUAAAUGUAUAUCCAAGAAGAAUGCUGUCAGUUUUCUGGUGCACUUUUACCAUAACAAUUCUAGUUCCCCUAGGUCGAUCCAUUGUCUGUACUGUGUCGAAGAAAUGAUUGACCCAAAUAUUACACAGCUUACCAUGUGAAAUUUGGAAGUAUUUAAAUUACCCCCACAAUGAGGGCAAAAACUUAUUUUUAGUUCUUUAUUUUAGUAAAUUUGUAAGUUUUAG